UGGCUCGGCUCCUCCCGAUCUAGUUCCUUUUCUCUGGUCUCUUCGGACCUGGCUGUGCGCGGCCGGCCUCGGAGCCGCGGAACCCGCGCGUUUUCUGGGUGAGGAGGACACGCCUGCCCUCGUCGAGAAAACUUUUCCUGCCGACUCAGUUGGGGCGGUGGUGGCAGGAAGUCCGGACAACGACCUCUCUCCGCCUGCUAGGCGCGCCCUGCCGGGUGUCGGCGCUGAGCUGGAGAUUAAGUUUGUGGGAGCCCCUUCCCCACUGUAGGCGAGUUCCGCCUCGAGGGGAACGCCUGCCCCRGGGAGGGCAGUGGGCCAGGGCGAAGGCCCAGGGCGCUUGGUGGCGCCGGAGACGAGGUGCGGAGGGCUGUCCGGAUCCACACCAGUACCCGAGAGCGCGCAACCUGRGAGCAGGGAGCCUCCGGCGGCCUUUUCUAGAGUCCACAGCCCUCCACCUUCUCCGAGUGAGGACGGUGUCCGGGUCCUGAGUCUAUGAGGAAAAUGAAGUUAAGCCGCCAGUUCACCGUGUUCGGCAGCGCAAUCUUUUGUGUGGUCAUCUUCUCGCUCUACCUGAUGCUGGACAGGGGUCACUUAGACUACCCUAGCAGCCCGCGCCGCGAGGGCUCCUAUCCGCAGGCCCAGCUCUCGGUGUUACAAGAAAAAAUAGACCAUUUGGAACGUUUGCUGGCUGAGAAUAAUGAGAUCAUCUCAAAUAUUAGAGACUCGGUCAUCAAUUUGAGUGAAUCUGUGGAUGAUGAUUCGAAAGAUUCUCAAGGCAAUUUCAGCCAAGGUGCUGGAUCACAACUUCAGCAAUCAGAGUUGUACAUUCAGGUUGACCCUAGUGACUGUCUGUCUCUGUCACAAACUGGAAGUCUGCAACCAGAUGUGCAGAUGUUGGAUGUUUACAAUCUAAUUCCUUUUGAUAAUCCAGAUGGUGGAGUUUGGAAGCAAGGGUUUGACAUUAAGUAUGAAGAUCAUGAAUGGGACGAUGAGAGCCUUCAAGUCUUUGUGGUGCCUCAUUCCCAUAAUGACCCAGGUUGGUUGAAGACUUUCAAUGAAUACUUUAGAGAAAAGACUCAUUAUAUUUUUAAUAACAUGGUCAUAAAGCUGAAAGAAGACUCAAGUCGGAAAUUUAUGUGGUCUGAAAUCUCUUACCUUUCAAAAUGGUGGGAUAUUGUAGAUACUCAGAAGAAGGAAGCUGUUAAAAGGUUUCUGCAAACAGGUCAGUUUGAAGUUGUAACAGGUGGCUGGGUUAUGCCUGAUGAAGCUACUUCACAUUAUUUUGCCUUAAUUGACCAGCUAAUUGAAGGACAUCAAUGGCUGGAAAAACAUCUAGGCGUGAAACCUCGUUCUGGUUGGGCCAUUGACCCUUUUGGACAUUCACCAACAAUGGCUUAUCUUCUAAAACGUGCUGGAUUUUCACAUAUGCUUAUCCAGAGAGUUCAUUAUGCAGUUAAAAAACAUUUUGCACAGCAUAAAACACUGGAGUUUUUUUGGAGACAGAAUUGGGAUCUGGGAUCUGCCACAGAUAUUUUUUGCCACAUGAUGCCUUUCUACAGCUAUGACAUCCCUCACACUUGUGGACCUGAUCCUAAAAUAUGCUGCCAGUUUGACUUUAAACGGCUUCCUGGAGGCAGCUAUGAUUGUCCCUGGGGACGCCCCUCAGAAGAAAUAUCUUCUGAAAAUGUCCAGAGAAGGGCUCUUUUGAUUCUAGAUCAGUAUCGAAAGAAGUCAAAACUUUUCCGUACUAAAGUUCUCUUGGCCCCACUUGGAGAUGAUUUUCGCUACACUGACUACUCAGAAUGGGACUUACAGUUCAAGAAUUAUGAGUAUCUUUUUAAAUAUAUGAAUUCUCAACCUCAGUUGGGAGUAAAGAUACAAUUUGGAACUUUAUCAGAUUAUUUUGAUGCUGUGRAUAAAGCAGAUGAAGCUAUGAAAAAGAAAGGCCAAUCAAUGUUCCCUGUUCUAAGUGGAGAUUUUUUCACUUAUGCAGACCGGGAUGAUCAUUAUUGGAGUGGCUAUUUUACAUCCAGACCCUUUUACAAGCGAAUGGAUAGAAUUGUGGAAUCCCAUUUAAGGGCUGCUGAAAUUAUUUACUAUUUCGCCCAGACACAAGCUCAGAAAUACAAGAUAAAUAAAUUUCUUUUAUCAACAUAUUACACGGCACUGACAGAAGCCAGAAGGAAUUUGGGACUGUUUCAACAUCAUGAUGCUAUCACAGGAACUGCUAAAGAUUGGGUAGUUGUGGAUUAUGGUACCAGACUCUUUCAUUCAUUACUUGCUUUGGAGAAGAUUAUUGGAGAUUCUGCAUUUCUUCUUAUUUUGAAAAACAAACCCACAUUUGAGUCUUACUCAUCUGAUCCCCUCCUAGAGAUGAGUUCAAUACAAAAAUCACAAGAUUCUCUGCCACAAAACCAUGUAAUAAAACCGAGUAUACAGGAGCCAAGGUACCUUGUGAUCUAUAAUCCUUUAGAACAGCACCGAGACUCAGUAGUUUCAACCUAUGUGAAUAACCCCAAUGUGCAAGUGCUCACGGACACAGGAAGACUUCUGGAUAUUCAAGUCAGUGCAGUAUGGAUUAAAGAAGAUACUAUUUCACAAGAGGUCUAUAAGAUUUCUUUUAUAGCAAAAACACCACCCUUGGGYCUGAAAGUGUAUACACUUUUAGAAACAGGAAAAUCAGAUUCAGAUUUGGCUGAGUAUGUUGUCUAUAAUGGUGAAGCAACAAGUGAAAUUUUCAACAUAAAGAGUAUGAAGAGUGACAGCGAACCUAUAAUUCUAGAGAACCCCCACCUUAUUCUUUCAUUUGAUAAAACUGGACUUAUGGAGACAAUGAUGACAAGAGAAGACAAGCAAAUCCAUGAAAUAAAAGUGCAAUUUACCUGGUAUGGAACCACAAGUAAAAAAGACAAAAGUGGCGCCUACCUCUUUCUGCCUGAUGGUUUUGCCCAGCCUUAUGUUUAUAAAAAAGCACCCUUUGUCAGAGUGGUACAUGGAAAGAUUUAUUCCGAAGUGACUAGCUACUUUGAACAUGUUUCUCAUACAGUUCGACUGUACAACCUACGGGGAAUAGAAGGGCGCUCUGUGGAAAUUUCUAAUAUUGUGAACAUCCGAAAUGUAUAUAACCGUGAGAUUGCAAUGAGAAUUUCUUCUGAAAUAAACAGCCAAAAUAGAUUUUAUACUGACCUAAAUGGCUAUCAGAUUCAACCUAGAAUGACAUUGAGCAAAUUGCCUCUUCAAGCAAAUGUCUACCCAAUGACUACGAUGGCAUAUAUCCAGGAUGCUAAGAAUCGGUUGACACUGCUCUCUGCUCAGUCUUCCGGUGUUUCCAGUUUGAAAAGUGGUGAUAUUGAAGUCAUCAUGGAUCGAAGAUUGAUGCAAGAUGAUAAUCGUGGCCUUGGGCAAGGUGUCACUGAUAACAAGAUUACAGCUAAUUUAUUUCGAAUACUAUUAGAAGAAAGAAGUGGUGUAGAUAUGGAAGAAGAAAAGAAGAGUCCAGUCAGUUUUCCUUCCCUCCUCAGCCACAUAACUUCUUCUUUUCUGAACCAUCCAGUCUUUCUAAUGACAGCAAAAGUAAAGCUCUCCUCCGAACUGCUGAGUGAAUUCAGUCCCUUAGUGUCAUCUUUGCCUUGUGACAUUCAUCUGGUUAAUCUGCGGACAAUACAGGCAAAGGAAGGCAAGGGGUAUUCCAGUGAUGCAGCCUUAAUCCUCCACAGGAAAGGCUUUGGUUGCCAGUUCUCUACCAGUGGCAUGGGGCUGCUUUGUUCUACGACUCAGGGAAAGAUAUCAGUAUAUAAACUUUUUGACAUGUUUACUAUUGAAGAUUUCGUUCCUUCAUCAUUAUCCUUGAUGCAUACACCUCCAGUUGCCCAAAAUAUAAGUGUGAUCUACUUGAGUCCCAUGGAAAUCAGCACAUUCCGAAUCCGGUUGAGGUGAACAUCCAACUUUCACAUUUGGAGUGGAAAGCAUUGGCUUUUAUAACUUUUUUGGUUUGACGUGCAAUAAGGGAAGCACAUUAUUUUAGUUUCUGGCUACUGUGAGAACAUGAAUUCUGUGAUUUUUUUUUUCUUUUUUAAAUCAGAUCU